AAUGCAGGUGAUAUAAGGUCAAGGUCUUAUAUCAGUAAACAAAACAUACUAAAAUAGUUCAUGAUGUAUUUUGAGAUGAUUGCGAAAUAUUGAAAAUUAUUUGGACAUAGCAAGAUGUCUUAUAUUAUAUUUAAGGAUUCAAACCCCCUGUUUAGUUCACUAAUUUAUCAAUGUAUGGAAAAUGAAUACUACAAAUUCCAAAGUUCAAACGCAAACUCAAGAAAACAAUCUCAGCAGGAAUUUUCAGGUGUCACAAAAACAAAAACAAAGUCAAGACAAAAAAAUGCCGAGUUUUACGAUAACCAAUUUACCAGAUGAUAUACUGUAUCAUAUUUUUUCAUUCCUCGAUGUCAAAUCACUAUGUCGAAUUUGUCAAGUCUGUAGAUUCUUCAAAUACUUGUCAAACAAAGACUGCGUUUGGUUGCAGCAUUUAAACAGUAGACCUGUUCUGAUUGAAAGCGCCCUGUCCUAUUCAGAAUUUAAAUAUGGUGGAUAUAUACACAGACGUACAUCAUCGAGUUUUGACCGUAAAACUCAGUAUAAAGCAAGCCUUAAUUGGAGUAAUGGUGCAUUUAGAGAAACAAGUCAGGUUUCUCAUGGAACAAGGUUGAUGCCAUGGAUUCAAAAGGUAGAAUCUAAUCUCUGGAUGUCCACAAAAAAUAUAAUCCGCUGUUUCUGUGUCCAGAAAAAUGGUAAUCUUCGGGAAAGGAAAAACAGACAACUUUAUGGAUUAAAUGAUGAUGUUAGUAGAUUUAUAAUUAAAGAUGAUGUUACUGUCGGUGCUUGUAGAGAUGGCAGUGUAUGCGGUUGGAAGAAUGAAUCAUGUGAUAUGAUGUUUAAAUAUGAUGAAUUACACGAUAGUGAAGUACAUUGUGUUGAUUUUUAUGAUCAGACAAUGGUAUCUGGUUCCAGAGACAAGACUGUUAAGGUUGUCUCAAUGAAACCUGAGAGAGAUGCAACAGAUCUCCUGAAGAAAACAAUCUACAUGGGUGAUCGAGUAUGGUCUAUUAAAUUAUCACCAUGUGGCAGUUUAUUAGCUACUGGAACUGCUGGUAAUAAGGGUUUACCUGCUUUAACUACAUGGGAUUUAAAAACUGGUGAAAUGUUGAGUACAUUAGAUCCAGAUCAUCAGGCUGGUGCUGGUAUAUUAGAUAUAAAGUUUGAAACACCUCAUACUCUAUUGACAUGUGGUUAUGAUACAAAUCUUUCUAUGUGGGAUCUGAGGACAGAUACAUGUGUGGCAAGGUGGACAGAGCCUUUUGAUUCAACAGUUUAUUGUUUUCAAACUGAUGGUAAUUAUUCUAUCGUAACUGGUACUGCACGUUAUGGUAUGACCAGAUUGUGGGAUAAAAGAAAAACAAUCUCGAUACAGCAAUAUUACAGUGGAAGAAACAGAAGUAGUCCUGUUUAUUCUCUUGUCUUUGAUCCUGGAAGACUUUAUGUUGCUUUAGAUAUAGGAAUUCAUAAAUUAGAUUUUACAUGAGGACACAUGAGUAAUUACUUGGGAAUUGUAAUGAUUCUAAUAUCUAACUAAUGUACAUGUGUCUUGUAUGGUGUAUGGCCUUAAGAAGGAUAUCCUCCAUUUUUGACCUGGGAUCGAGGAAGACUUUAAUAUCUUUAAGACUUAAAAGAUGUAUUAUGUAAGAGCUAAAUCUGCCUAUUACAGGUCUUUUUACUGUCUUUAGUUUAAACGUUAAAAAAAUUAUUGUUUAGACAUUUAUUCAUGUGACAAGGUCACAGUCAACUCUCUAGGUCAUCAGAUGGCCGAGAUAUUAACUGGAUUAGAACAGCAGCACUAUUUAAUUCUUUCUAUAUAUUUAUUUUUGAUUUACUAGUUUUGAACUAUUGCAGUAGAGAACAACCAACACUUUAUCUACAUAAUGCAUCUUUAACAGAAUAUAAUUUUUAUGGGGAACAGUCACAGGCUUUAUUACAUGAGCACAAUGUUUCAAUAGAUAUAUUCUUGUUUUUUGCCAUAAAUACAUGUAGUGUGUUCUUUUAAAUGUGUUCCUCAAUUACUAAAGGCCAUUUAAAGACUAUCUGUAAAGCUUAAUGUAUUCAGCUAUCAAUGAUUGUUGGUUUAUGAAAUAUCAGUUGUAAAAAUUAAUUUUUUAUAAUUUAUUUUUUUUUAAUAGAAUUGUUCUGCUUUUAAUAAAUUAUGAAAUGAUUA